UAAGCACUGAUUCGAGAUCAGUUUCGACCACCGUAAACCACGUAAAGCCUAUCAUGCACUACACUGGGGGAAAUGAUCCAGAGCCUGUAGGCUCAAUGCGCUUCCAGGCCGAGGAGGAUAACCGCGGUGGCGGCGGCGGCGAGCGCGACUCCCCGGCCGGCGGUGCGACCUGCGCAGCCAGGCAGGUAGAGGUCGGCGGGCGUAGGACGGGCAUUAGGGCGCUCUGGUCCAGCGGGGUGGCCGGCUCGCCAUCUAACUGGCUCUCUAGGUCCGACAUCGGCGGGCUGCGCUGUGUUUACAAUGCAGUCGGCCACAUAGGGGAGGAAAAUAUCGAAGAGUUAAUCAGUGAGGAUUUUGUCUACUAAGGGACGAAUGACGAGUUCUCCAAUGAAGGGCGGUGUCCAUACUGACCCCUUGGAUCAUUCUGACCCUUGUCCCCUGGCUUCAAGCAGCGAGAUAACUGAGCAUGAGUUUUCCUGUCACUGCUGUUACGACAUCUUGAUCAACCCCACAACCCUUAACUGCGGGCACAGUUUCUGUCGGCACUGCCUGGCCCUCUGGUGGGAAUCCUCUAGGAAAAACGAGUGUCCAGAGUGUAGGGAGAGGUGGGAGGGAUUUCCCAGAGUCAACAUUUUACUGAGGGAUGCAACUGAGAAGUUAUUUUCCAGAGUAGUUCAGAAAAGACGAGAAGAGAUCCAGAAUAACCCCAAAAUUGUGCGUAGCCUGCUUGCCUUCCAGAGGUAUGGAGAUGAGCAGGUCUCCAGAGGGCCUGUGCUGAACACCCCAAGGAGAGGCGCUGGUGGAAAUGACUUCUUCUCUGGGGUCCUCACCGCCCUCACUUGUGUGGCUGUCAUGCUGCUGGUGUACCACUGGAGCAGCCGAGAUGCCGAACACGAUCUCUUGGUCCACAAGCCUGUGACGAAAUGGACCUCUGAGGAGGUCAUCCUCUGGUUGGAAAACCUGGGACCUUGGGCUUCGCUGUACAAGGAUCACUUUCUAAGAGAGCAAGUCAACGGCAGACUCCUGAUCAUGCUUGGAGAUGAGGAGCUUUCCAAGAAUCCAUAUGGGAUCGAGAACCAGACGCACCGUAAGGCUGUACUGGCCGAGCUGGAGCGUGUCAAAUCCCUGGGUGUGAAGCCGCCGCAGAAUCUCUGGGAAUACAAGGCAGUCAAUGCUGGGAAAUCCCUGUUCCUGCUGUAUGCCCUGAAGAGCUCUCCAAGGCUCACCAUCCUGUACCUCUACCUGUUCGAUUACACUGACACCUUCCUGCCUUUCAUACAUACCUGCUGCCCGGAGCAGAGUGAGGAACCGCAAGAGGAUGUUUUCAUGUCUAGAACUUUCAACGAGAACCCUAGCUGGAAGCAGUGGACUGAAUUCCUGGUGAAAUACUCCUUGCUGCCCUACCAGUUGAUAGCGGAGUUUGCCUGGGACUGGCUAGGUGUUCACUACUGGACGUCGCGGUUCAUCAUCAUCAACUCCAUGCUUCUGUCGGUGCUGGAGGGCUGUGCUCUGUAUAGGCUCUGGAUCCGGUCGGAGCUGAGGAUUCUCCCUCAGAAAAUGUGGAGCCAUUUCUGGAAGGUGUCCAUAAAAGGGUUCAGUGUCGCCAUCUUCUGGCCAGUCAUUCCUCAGUUUGCCUGUAACUGCUUGUUCUACUGGGCCUUGUACUUCAACCCCAUCAUAAAUAUUGAGCAGGUUGUCCAGCAGGUCCUCCGUCCAGAAACACAAGUGCCAUAAAAAUAAUACCCGCAAAGGCUAGGGCUGUCCUACAGCGCCACCCGCCAAGAUCAGCUUACACAUUAUGGACUCGGCCUUUCGGGCAGUACCACGUUAGCCGAAAACAGGUAUGUGAAACUAGCUAAAGGGUAUUUAUCGGCAGGGCGCCUUUGACAAACAAAACGCAGAGUCGGACGUCGCCCACCGUGAUGCUGACAAAGUCAGGGUAGUAUGAAGUCCACCGAAAUUGUAAACAUCACUCGUUAUUGUGAUAUUCAUAUACUUUGACUGGCAACAAGCUUUUCUUUUCUUUUUUUCUAUGGGAUCAAAGGAGCCAUACUUAUUUUGAAAGGGGGUUACGUCAUGAGCAGACCGGGAGUGUGCAUUCUAUUUCACAGCUUGUGCCGUUACGAUGAACACCGAAAGCGAGACAAUUGUUCUCUCAGCUUUUAUGCAAAAGUUUUAUCGCAAUAAGAGAGACAUACUAAGUCUAGACUGUGCCGAUUAUUCCAUGCUUCCAUUCUGAGUUUUCCUCCCAUGGUUUAUAUGCUGUAUUUAGUUUGUUGCAGGUGGCUUCUUUUUUACAGUAAGUUUUAUUUUCAAAGGCAUGGAAUAUGUUUACCAAAAGCUGAAAUUGUUUGGGGGGGUGAUUGGUCCUCAGCCUGAUUUAAAUCUGUAUUAAUUUUAUUAUUUUUUUUUCUUUUUGACCUUUUAAUUAUUCUUGCACUUUGUUAUAACUGUGACUUAUUCAUGCUCCUGGACAAAAAUGAAUAAGGUUUAGGAAUCAUUAAUAAAAACAUUUUUUCUAAAA